GCGCAUCUCCUCUUUCCAUUUUCCCCAUUUUCAACCCUACUUAUCAGUUAUCACUCGCCCUCCAGUUUCUUCUCUCCUUUCCGCAUCUUUGCCGAAGUCGACCUGAAUAACAGUUCUGUGCGGCGACGAGAGCUUUCAUGUCCAGGUAUUCUUCUUCCCAUUAAUUUACCUUAUUUUUCCACAGAAUGAAAAUCAAAUCUUCUCUUCCCUAAUCGGCAAUAUGCUUUGGCUGUCCACGAAUUCCUACAUGGGUUUUUUAUGCCGGGUUCUUCAAGUUUUGGGUGUACCCCUGUGUGCGUUUCAAAAUCGUCGGGGCUUACAUAUCCCCAUUCUCUUCACCAGGUCAGAAUUUGGAGUGCAAUUGGCCGACUUUCUGUGGUUACGGAUUUCACGGGCUGUUAACCUUUCAAUUCGAGGAGGAGCCGCUUCUUUAUUGACGUCGCACACCAUCCAUUUUUGUUCUCAAUCGAGAGUUGGAAGUCCUUCCUUAAGCCAUAGCAUUUAUUCCCAUAGUGAAAGAGUAGAACCUUUAUAGCUUAUUGUGGAGUUCUUAGAUGAGACCUAUUCCCUCUGCCCCUCAUCUACAGAGCCAAAUCCAAUCUGUAUAUUGUGUUGCAAAGUCGACUUCAGGUAUUUACCAUCUUAAACUCUCUCUUACCCUCAGCUUCUUUGAUUUCUAGAAUUGCAGCUCAGAGUUGGUAGGUAAUUUGGUUUUGUUAUUGCUGUAUGCUUUUUCUGGUUGUAAUGUUCAAUUGUGCUUCUCAAAUUUGCUCUUCCAUUGAUUGUGGGAUUACAUAAUGGGUGCUAAUUUGUGUCUUACAGUACAGUCAUAUGGUCGCCUCUAUUAAAACAAAUGGUAUUUAAAAAAUAGGCUUACCACUUCUUCUCAUUCUGCAUGUAGGGUAGGGGUGGGCAAUGGGCGGAUUGGAUGGAUUUUCGUCUCAAAUUGACCCACCCGCUUACUAGCGGGUUGAAAUAAUUGUGACCCGCAAUCCACCCACAUUCUUAUGCGGGUCGGGUUGGAUGGGGGCGGUUGGGUCGUGGGUUAAUCCGCAAAAAUAAUUCUCCAACUAGCUAUUUAGAAAGUUGACUAACAUUUAUAAUAAGUUCAUAGCAAAGUAGUAAGAUUGUAUCAAUUUAGACACUUAUCACUUUCUCUCUAGUGAAUCGAUGUAGUAUUUGCAUAAAACAUUUUACUACUCUAUCCACCAAUUAUAUAGAGACAACUUACGUAUGUUGUGAUUUUUAUACAAUUAAUAAUUUAUAGUUUUCAUCCCAAUAUAUAAUGGAUAUUAACAAUAUUAAGCAUUCUAAUAUCCAAUAAAUGGAUAUUACACAGCAUAAUAACCAAUAAUAGUAGUCAAAAGUAUUAUUUAUUCUCCACAUUAAGAAGUAUAUGGUCAGACUGUAGUGUGGUUUGGAAAUAUGAUGAAUAUUCGAUACUAUAAGAAACAACUUUUUUCAUGUGAAAAUAGGAAGCGAAUCAUUCGGGUGACCUGCAAUCCACCCACUCCCCACCCACAUAAGUGCGGGUGGGAGAUUUAUCAAACCGCAUCCACCCACAUCAAUCAUCCACAGCUUGCGGAUCGAGUUAUUUGCGGGUGGAUCGAUAUCAAUCUGCGGAUUACCCACCCACAUGCCCACCCCUAAUGUAGGGUGUGAAUGGGAACUCCCAUUCCAGUUGUUCAUUUAGCUCUUAGUCGGGAACUGCACGCUCUGGCCUCAUCUUCAAUACUCUCAGCCUUUUGGUGAUCUCUUUGGCUGCCAAAUUUAUGGUUGUUGCUGCGGAGUCCAGGCCACAUACGUUGUGUCUAUUUUUGCCUCUCGCUGUAAACUCCACUCCCUCUCCUUGGUGAAACGAAUAUUGGAGUGGUAACAGGUACCUUUGCAUCUACUGUAACUGGUUUUUCCUCAUUGUGCAGCUACUUUGAGCGUCACAUUACACUUAAAUGAUCUACCACAAGAUAACCCAACCUUUCUUAUGACAAAGGGAUGCAAUUGUUUUCCAUUGGCAAUAUAGGGUUUGGAUUGGGAUCUAAGUGGAAAUCGGUUCCAAUUUUGUAUUUACUUCUCUUAUUCUCUUACUGUCGUCUUUAUUUAUUUACAAUUCUCAAUUUUUGUUUUCUGUUCCAGUUUGCUAAAAAUUCAGGUUGCACUUCAUUUGACAACUCCAUCGCUAUUGGGUAUAUUUUUGUUGAUGCCAAGCUCCGAGGAGCCUGCUUCAAUGUGUUUGAGGUCCGGUGAGCGCCGACUUCCUGGCCAACGUCCGCCGCCAGCCUCCGACAUGGACACCUGCAAAAGAGGGACCCGCCGGCCGGUGGUCGGCGGGGACCUGCUCCGAAGCUCAAGUGUAAGAGUGAAGUGGAUGAUGGUAAACAAAGACAUUUCCAUUUUCCAUGUAAAAAUGAGUUGGCCAUUUGGGUGAGUUGUAUGUGUACCCUUAAUCCCUCCCAUGUGUACGUGGCAUUAGAGGGAGAUGAGAGGUUGUGGUUGUUUGAGGACACUACCCUUUCCUCUUUUUAAAUCCAUGUGGAGGGAAUUGGAGUCUGGAGACUUUGUAUUGUGGAAGGCUUAUUUAGCACCCAAUCAACCAUGGAUGGAUAGUAAAAUAUAAAGACAAAGAUACUCACCUUUUCUCCCUUUAUCCGUGUGGGUUAAUGGGUAAAACUUACAGAAGAAAUCAAUAGGGAGCAAGUCCAUGAGUAAUGACUAGCCUAGCUUGCAUCCACGUGUCAAAUGGGAUAUGGUAUGCUAAUUGUAUUUUUAUUGGUAAUUACUCUGAUAGAAACGACGUAUUGUAUCAUGUCAGUGAAUACUGGGUCCAUCAAUUUUAUAGGUUCAGAUCCAUUUGCCCUAGGCUGCAGGUUGCGAUGACAAUGAUUGGUGUAAAUGCUUUUGUGAGAGUUGAUACACGUUUAUCAAAUUUCUAAUUGCUAAGUUAUCCUUUUGCUGCUCUAUUUAUUUUGGUUUCGUGUUGUUCAUAUUUGAAACUCUAGCUAAUUUGAUUAUAUUAUCUAAUCACUAUUUAAACAAUUGACAUGAUCGAGUAUCAAACUAUGCUACCAUGGCACUGGUUUCUGCUUCCAGUUUUGGGAUGAAUGAAUGGUGGUUGUAUUAUUCUGCCAUUAUGAGCAUAUGUACUCAAUAUUCUAGGAUUUGUUUUUUUGCUUUAUAAUCUAUAUAUCAUGUUGGUCUGAGUGUGUUAGAAUUGUGUUGAGAUUUUAUGUCGAUUAGGAAAAUAGUUGGUUUUUUGCUCACUUAUGCUCAUGCCAAAGAGCAUUAUUAAAACAAAAUUUAACAG